AUGUUUAAUCUUUGUUUGAAAAGUAGUAUAACUAGAUGUCUCUCACCAUCAUUUGGAGAGGUAGGACCAUUGAUACCUAGAAGAAGCAUGGUCAUCAUGAAGCGAUAUACAAAACAAGUUGAUCCCAAGCAACACCAACUCGAAGAACUAGAACAUCAACAACUCAAGAUAAAAGAGAAAGGAAGAAAGUUAAAUCCUCCUCAAUAUAAAAGAAUCGUUAGAAACUAUAAUAUUACACCACCAAAUUACUCUGAGCUGUUGUUGACAAUGAAAGAACCACCUUCAACAGAGGGUCAGAAGAAAUUGAAUGUAGCAGUUAUUGGUGCACCGAAUGCAGGUAAAUCUUCGUUGGUCAAUACGCUGGUCGGCGAGAAGCUGAACGAAGGAAACAUCUUCACCGAUACAUUCAUCACAUCGGCAACCAACAACAUUCACACCGACACACUUAAAGACUAUCUAUUUUCGAAAGCAAUCGAUGGUAAAUGGGAAUUCAAUAAUGAAAUUAAAACAGAUCAAACAGAUAUAUUUAGAGCAUCAGAGAUUGUAAAAGAAAAGAUUUAUGAAAAAAUGAGAUUGGAAAUACCGUAUCAGGUUACACAGAAUACAAUCGGGUGGACUACGUUUACAAAUGGUGACUUGAGAAUCGAUCAAGAUUUAAUAGUAAAGAAAGACUCUCACAAAUCAGCGAUACUGGGGCGUAACGGACAAACCAUCAAAGCAAUCUAUUUGGAAUCGAGAAAGGAACUAGAAAAAGUAUUUAAUCGUCGUAUACAUUUGUUUUUAACUGUUAAAGUAAAGAAAUCUGAACAAUACGAUGAUUAA